ACGGAAGAAGAGAAACGAUGGACGGAAACCACCCCGGCGGCGACCCCGUCGCAAUCUCCUCCGCCGAUGCUGGAGAAAAGAGGAAGAGAAGACGAGAGAGGUCUUGUUCUUCGUCUACUUCGUUUGAUCGAGGUUCGUUCCCGUUGAUGCUCGCCGCUAUCGCCAAGCUCCAUAACCGUCGGUCUCGUUCCAUCAUCAAGCGUCUUCUACGAUCCCACCUCGCGCUCAUAUCAAAGCCUCUCUCCCUCCGCCGUCUCGUCCCCAAUGGAUUGCUCGCCCUCCUCCCCAGCCUUCUUGUUUCCGGCUUUCCAUCAGUGGUAGUGCUCAGCGCAGAGGUGGUCAGUGCCAUUGCUUUGCAUUCCCUUGAAGCAAAUGAAAUAAUUGCUUCAAAUGAAGAGGUUGUUAAGUGUCUGGUGCAGGGGGCAUUGGGGAGCCAUAUAAAGCGAGCAGUCAUGGCGGCAUGCAAUGCUGUUAUGGAUCUCUCGACCUCUCCAUUGGGGAGGAGUCAGCUAAGGAAGUCAAAUGCCAUUGGGAGGCUGUUGUUUCUAUUUUGUCAAGUGUGUUCUGCUCCAGUAAAUGCUGUUUCACAUGAUCAUACAGAAGAAAUAAGCAUUAACAAUUUUGAUUGGCGGUUUUCAAGUAACGAUCUCUCUCCUUUAGUACUUGAUGCUGUGUUGAUACUCAUCAAUAGUUUGGACAAAGAUUGUUCGGGCAGAAUCCCUGGGCUAGUGGUAGAAAAAAUUUUGCAGUUAUUGAUAUGCCUCUGGGGCAAAGUACAUGCCUCAGCAAUUUCAAGAGGCAAUGCUUUGGGGCCAUUUUUUUUGCACAGAACCAAAGCUGACCUUGCUACUGCUAUUUUUAGGCUUGCCAUGAACAAGAACAUUGCACUUCACAGCCCUGAUGAUGUCAAAAUAAGUUUAUUUGGAAGCACAGAGUCCGCUUUUGAAAAGUUCAUCCUUGAUUAUUGGGAGGUUUCACCCCUCCUCUUCAGAAGGGUCUCUGAGAAUGUGAAUGAUAAUAUUAUUUUUGGCUCCUUAGGCUGUCCAUUUGAUCGUAAGACAAUUGACACCUUCCUUCCUUCAAUUUUACAAGGGUUAAUUUCCUGCCCUCCUAUUGCUUCAGAUGAGUUGGACAUUUAUUGUUUCUUAAAUGAGGUGAAAGGUAUGCUAGGUUCUCCAAUUAUAUAUGGCCAGGAUAUUCGUGUCCUGAGGUCUCAAAAGGUGACUGAUGGGCCCAUGAUGGAAGGAAUAAAAGAGGAGGUGCAUUUUUUUAAAGACAUUGUUGAUUCAGAAAUUAUAGAUGGAUCCUUUGCUCAAAAGUGCAUUGAAGCAUUUCAGAAUGGUUACACAAUUGCUGUACGAGGAAUGGAGUUCCGUGAUGAUAAAGUUGCUGCCAUUGCAGAUGGGCUAGCAAGUUUAUUUGGCCAACCAUCAGCCGGGGCCAAUAUAUACUUGACACCAUCUAAUUCUCAAGGCUUGGCUCAGCAUUAUGAUGAUCACUGUGUAUUUGUUUGCCAACUUUAUGGGCGCAAAAGCUGGAGAAUUUCACCUCGUCCAAUGGAUCUCUUUCCCAGAUUGUAUGAACCUCUUCAGAGGCUGCCUAAUUCAGAGGGUGAUUUAUCUGGGGUUAUGCAGGUUUUACUUGAAGAAGGAGAUAUGUUAUAUAUUCCUAGAGGUUAUCCUCAUGAGGCUCAGACAAAUGUCGAUCAGGGUGAAUCAACAUUCAAGGAGUUUUCAUUACAUUUGACUCUUGGGAUCGAGGUUGAACCUCCCUUUGAGUGGGAAGGCUUUACUCAUAUUGCUCUCCGUUGUUGGAAUGAAAAGCGUAAAAAAGCAUUGGAUCAUGACUCUGAUUCUAACUAUGAAAGGCGGAGGCUUACACUUGUAAUUUUGCUGCAUGUUUCAAUUAGGCAAAUUGCUAAUAUCAACCCCAUCUUCAGGAAGGCCUGUCUGAUGGCCGCAUUUUCUCUAGCAUCCAAUACUGAAGACACAAAUUCCCUUUUGAUUAAGCAGAAAGCUACUUUCUGUUACAUAUUAGAUAAAAUAAAUGCCAGCUCCAACUUCAUGGAAGCAUUCAAGAUCAUGGAGACUGCGGUCCAGGAAAGAGAUAUUGACUCUCUGCAAUGGAUGAGGUGGCUCCAGCAUCUGCCUCAGGAAGACAAUGAAUAUGAAAAAUUAAACUUCAGUAAUUCGUUUAGGUGUUUUUGAGGACACGAUUGCAUCGUAUAGUGAGCAUAGCAAGGAAGCAAUGCUUGAAUUUGAUUGUAUGAAAUUCAACUUCUGUAAAGAUAUUGUGUUUGAAGAUGCCUGCGAGAUGUACAUUUUGCUGCUUGAGGACUACAGAAGGACCAGGAGACAAUAUAUGCGGGGAAUGCUGUCACUUCAUUCUAAAUAGUAAGUCUCUAUGGCAGGAUCUCUUGGUUUUUUUGCUCUUCAGUUUGUUUUUUUCCGUUGCUUUGUUCACUUUAGAUCUUAUGGAUUAAACAUGAACAAAAAGAGAAUGGUGGCCUAAUUGGAUGAGUCAAUAAUUGAGUGAUGACAUAGACGUGCAGUUCUCUCAUGGAUAAAACAUGCUGGUGCAAAUGCUGUGGUCACAGUUGUCGGUCACUUGAUUGUUGGCGGUUGAUGUUAUUGGAAGAGAGAUGCAUUUAGUGGUUGCAGUCCACAAUUCUAGUCAUGCACCCUGUCUCUGGGAAGGAAGGCUGGUUUUAAAACAUGUCAGGCAAACUUUAGCUCUUGCACAUUCAAGUUGUCGGUGCAUUAUGAGACCAUGUGUAUAGCAUUAAGUCUCAGAACAUUACUGAGAUUUGACAAUGGCAUAGUUUUGCCUUUUCGAGACAUUGUGUUGGGUCCUAGUGGGGCCAGCUGACUGGAUUUGAAUAACCAUGGAGAGCUCAAGGAAACGUUUAGUUGGGGCUAAUUGCAUUCUUGGUUCUACUGAAAGGAUGAGAUUUGUGGGUAGGGACAAUGCAUUUGGGUUUGUUGGGUUGUUCAGAGGCAUCGAAUGUAGAGGCCACCAAACUCUUUUAUUAUGUCUACAAAUGAAGGUUGGGGUUCAAAUGGUUGAAAGCUCGCGAGCUGUCUUCGUAGAAGACGGGCUUCGGCUGUUGGUGAUGGAGAGAUGUGGAUUGCCAGAAUGAGAAAGCAACAAGCCAAACAAACUGAUUUCAUGGUGAUGAAUUGAAGAUAAGAGUUUUAGUUAUGAUAGGAUGAGUGAAAGGCACAUAUAAAUAGACGAUAUGUGAACGAUGAAUUAUUGAAGUGAUGAAGGACAAUGCACAUGGAUGCAGGCAUGCUCUGGAGCAUAGAUUAAAGAGUUCUUUGCCUGGAAAUUGAAGGUCUGGGGACAAAACAGGGCCCUUAAUAGAGGAUGGCAUCAUGGGCAUGCAAUUGUCUUUUUAUUGAUGGAAGAGCAGUGGGGUGACAUGAAGUCUUUGCUUAAUUGCUUCAUUGGCAGUGAGGGCCAAACUUAUGUGUUUUAAUGUGUGUUAAAUGGGAUAAGACCAAUGUCUUUCUUUGUCCAAAAUUUGUGAAGGUUGUAGGGUAUGAAGCAUUUAAUCAUUUGAUUUAGUUUGAUUGGGAGUUUA